AUAAUCAUACAAUCUAUCUUACUGACAAUGUGCCACAUGAAGUUGAACCACAGCAUGAAGAUGAUGAUAACAUGACUCUUUGUGAAGAUAUAGAACAACAACAUGUCCAGGCUGCUUACAUGGAAGCUGAUUCUGGGUAUAAUCAUACAAUCUAUCUUACUGACAAUGUGCCACAUGAAGUUGAACCACAGCAUGAAGAUGAUGAUAACAUGACUCUUUGUGAAGAUGUACAUAUUCCCUCACAUCCACUAGGAGACAGUGAUCACAAUGAUGAUCACGUUACUAUCAAUCAAAAUAAUUCAGGACGAAAUAACAGCACCAUAGUAAAGUGUACUAUACAGAAAAUUGAGAACUUCACUGUUUGUAAGAAAACUAAAGUACGUAACAAGAAACAUCAGGUUUCGACAGCUGAUUUAGGUGUUAGCUGUGGAACGAGUCCCUUUAAAAUAGCGAUUAAAAAUCAAGCUUGUAGCCCUUUAAAGUGGAACGUAACCGAUGUCAAAUCUUUGACAAAUUCCACAGCUAAGAGAAAGCCGGUGUUUACAUUCGACACAAUAUCAUUACAUUCGUCAGUAGAUACAGAUUCUUCUUAUGAUUUUUCCAGUGAUGAUUCCAUUGUAAGGCAUAGUGAUCAAAGUGACCUCUCCUCUGAUUUUAAACACAAAAGCUUGCUACGCUGCAGGGAGUUGAUGUCGUUAUAUCCCAGAAUGUACUUAGGUGUUGACAAAGAAUGGAUUUCCAUUCUUUCACUGAUUUCCAAUAAGAUUAAUGUACGCAAAAGCUCCAAUCUUACCCCCACUGAUGUAAUUUAUUUGCUGUUUCGUAAGAUGAGGUUAAACGAAUCGUUCAGUAUUUUGGGACACGAGUUCGGUAUAAGCUCAAAAAAUGUGGGUAUUUUUUUUAGAAUGAAUUUAGAGUUUGUUGCUGAUCACUUUAAGGAACUCAUUGUUUGGCCUUCAAUUGAUACCGUAAAAAAGAACAUGCCUGUUUCCUUUAGAAAAAAUUAUGCUGGUGUUAGCUGCAUAAUAGAUUGUCUAGAAAUAGAAAUCGAAAAACCGUCUAAUCCUGUGCAUCAAGCUCUUACGUGGUCACAGUACAAGAAAUGUAACACUCUAAAAUAUUUACUGGCUGUUACACCAGAUGGAUUAAUCUCUUUCAUUUCUAUUGGAUUUGGUGGUAGAGCUACCGAUGAAAUGGUAGUAUCUAACUCUGGUUUUUUAGACCUUCUUGUUCCUGGAACAUUUGUUAUGGCUGACCGAGGAUUUAAAAAAAUUGAGCCUUAUGUGUUGCAACGUAAAUGCAAGUUUGUACGGCCCCCCAGUGUCUCAGAAGGAGUUGCCCUCUCCAAAGAACAAGUUGUAGAGUCAAGAAAAAUUGCUGGCCUAAGAAUUCAUGUUGAGCGGGCAAUAAGUAGGAUUCGUGAAUUUAGUUUUCUAGCUCCACAUGUUCGCUUGGAUAGUAAUAUGAUUAAGUAUUGCGAUUCUGUAAUGUAUUGCGUGUGUGGUUUGUUGAAUGUUCGUGGGCCCCUAAUAAAAUAA